AUGGAAAAUUUGUUGGAAAUUUCAGAGCCCGAAGUUCGUAUAAACUUCGUACUCAACAGCAAAUGCCGCUGCAACCUGGUUCUAAGGUCCCUUUGCCCUGCUUUUCCGGUUGCUUUCAAGGUCCAAACUUCUGCUCCUCACAAAUUUUUGGUCAAUCCGCCGAGUGGACUCGUUCCCCCAUUAUCUCAUGUUGCUCUGCAAAUCGUUCUUAAACCUCAAGACCAGAUCCCACCCACUUUUCCUCGCUCUCAUUCCGACCGUUUCCUCAUCAGGACCGCCCUGUUCGACCUUGACUCCGGCAUGACAGCUCACUCCGAUUCGGUCAACUCGUGGCUUUCUGCUCGGGCAACUCACGAUAUCAAGCUCAAGGUCGCCUUCGUGGGGCCCUUUCUUCUCCAUCAUGCUGUUAGUUGUGGAGAUUUUGAGGUUGUGAAGAACAUGAUCAAGAGACAGAAGUCGGUUUUGUAUGAUUUAUCGACAAGAGAAGCUGAGUCACUCCUCCGAGUCGCGACGCAGUUGGCUAACUCGGAGGACAUGGUGAAUUUGCUGCUCGAGGCCGGUUUAAGGACAGCCUCACGUGAGGAAGAAGAAGAUGGCAAUGAUGCGGGUUUUUAUCAGCUGGAUCCACGGUGGGAAUCAAAAGGAUGGACUGAGCUACACGUGGCAGUCGUAUUUGAUCAAACGGAAGAACUCGUGGAGUUGUUAAGAAAGGGGAGACGCGAGCCGUUGGAUUGGAGAGACAAGGAAGGGAGAACACCGUUGCAUUUGGCGGCGAGCAAGGGGAAUAUCGAGUGUGCUAAGAUAUUGGUUGAAUCGGGCGUGGAUAAGAAUGCAAAGAGCAAGGAUGGGAGGACUGCACUGUUUAGGGCUGCAGCCAAUGGGAGCCGUCGGAUGGUAGAAAUGUUGAUCGAGAUGGACGCGGACCCCACGAUUCCUGAUGAUCGUGGCCGUUCAGCUUUUGAUAUCGCUCGUGAUAAGGGACACGAAGAAAUGGUGGAGAUCAUGGAACGUGGAGAGGAAGUGCUGAUGGUGGCAAGACGUGGAGACGCGAGGCGGCUACAAUCACUCUUGCAAAAUGGAGCCGCCACGAAUUUUCAGGACCAAUAUGGACUCACCGCCCUGCAUGCGGCGGCCAUAAAAGGUCACCGGGACGUGGUUUCCGUGCUCAUAGAAUCGGGGUCGGACUUGGAACGUGGGGACAACGAAGGCCACACGGCGUUGCAUCUGGCGGUGGAGGGUGGCCACUUGGAAACAGUGGAGGCGUUGAUUGAGAAAGGAGCUAAUGCUAAGGCCAAGAACACAAGAGGGGUCUCUCCUCUCUACAUGGCUAAAACUAUGGGUUAUGAUGUUAUCUCUCAGGUCCUUAUGCAAAGGGGAAAUUGCUCUUCUCUGCCUUCGGCCUCCUCAUCUUCUUCCUCCCUUCCAUCCAUGUUAUGACAUUCAUAUUUUACAAAUUUUUAUUCAGUGUAUUUAAUUUACAAUUGAAGCU